AUGAGUUCCGACAGAAUACUAGAAACCGCCAAACAAGGCGACACAGAAACGCUGAAAUAUCUUUUGCAGCAACGUCAACUUUCCGAUCGAGUGUGUGACCGGUUCGGAGCAACUUGUUGUCACUAUGCUGCGCGGUCGGGGCAGUUAGAAACGCUUAAAUGGCUUAUAUUAGGCGCUGGUUUGACGGGAAGUAAGCGAACUAGAAAUGGAGCCAACCCUUCGCAUGAUGCUGCGGCUGCGGGUAAAUUGAAAUGCUUGCAGUGGUUGCUACAAGAUAACGCGGGUGGAUGUUGGCUGAACGACCCUGACAACAGUGGCUGCAAUGUCCUGCAUUUGUCUGCCAGGUUUGGUCAUCUAAGUCUCUUGCAUUGGCUAGUUGAAGACCAAGGUAUGGACGUAACCAAACGAGCCGGCAAUGGAAUUAGUGCCAUACAUUUCGCGGCUGCAAGAGGGGAUAAAAACUGUCUUAUUUAUCUGCUACAAAAAGCACCAAGUUUAGUAAACAAUAAAGCCGAUAAUGGUGCCACUCCAAUUUACUUUGCGGCACAAGACGGCCAUUUAGAGUGUAUACAGUAUCUUGUACAUGUACGAGAACAAGGUGUAUCAGCAAUGGAAAAAGACAAUGAUGGUGCUACACCAAUACACUUUGCUGCCAGUAGAGGGCACACUCACAUAUUAAAAUGGUUGUUGUCUCACGGUGGUGGAUGUGAGCCAGAUAGCCUUGGUGGUACUCCAUUACAUGAUGCAGCAGAACAUGGACAACUCGAAUCUUUACACGUCUUAGUUGAAUUCGGUUGUGAUGUCAAUAUUGAAGAUAAAGAUGGUUUAGUCGCGUCUGAUUUGGCCAAAGCCUGCGGCAACAACGAAUGUGCAAAAUACCUCAGAAGUGUUGAAAAAAAAAAUUUACGUUCAUCUCCAAUAAAGAAUCCUCAAGUUCGAACUUCCUCCAGUAGCAGUAAUGGUACUGGUGUCUAUGCAAAGCAUGUCGUGGAGGUACAACACUCUCCCCGGCAAAGGAACUUGGAUGUCACUGAUGGAGGUCAUUCUUCACAGGGAAACUGCCAGGAUGCUGAAACUGGAGAGGGAAUGAAGAGGCCACCUCUAGUAAGAGAUAGAAGACUUGAUUCCCCACCUCCAGUGGUCAAUGGAAAUUACUCUCAACCAAACAUAAAUUCAACACAUACAGUAGUUAUCCCACCUGCACCUGAUUUACCACCACCUGCACCCCCCGCACAAAAUAAUCAAGUCUUCCAUUCUCCGAAAAAAGAAAAUAUUACAAAUGGUGAUGCAUGUCCUAUGUCUACGCAUGGAAAAUACCCACCAAACUUGGAUUCUUUGAUGUAUGUGAUACAGCCUAAUGCAUCGCCAAGUGUUAAUGAGAAAGAACACAAAUCCCCACCUCAAGCUGCACCAAAACCAACUUUUCCAUUGCAAUCUUCAACAACAACCAGUAAUGACAUGCAAUCCACUAAAUUCAAUUGGCCACCACCUGCAAAAAAAGAGCCUCAAAAACCUACGCCUGUAAUUCAACCGCCCCCUUCGUUGAAUCAUCCGUCACAUUUCUCAUCGUCAACGGUAACCUCUCCUCCACCUCAAGUGCAGACAUCAUCAGUACCCCCAGCUCCACCCCCUCCUCCUCCUCCAAACCAACAACUAUACAAUGCCAACUCACCAUCUAGAGGAGCUCAGUGGAAGGAAAACGGGAGUACCAGUCCAGCAUCCACCAUGUCUUCAUCUACAGUUUCCUCACAAGGACCUUUGACCUCUGACAUGCUUGCUGAAAUAAGAGCGGGACCAUCACUUCAAAAGAUCAGUAAUAAUGUUGGUAAACAGGUAAGCGUGUAA